AUGGCUUCCAGCGAACCGAGACCUCCCACUUUGGGUGCUGAUCGAAAGCGGUCUAGUAUUGUUAAGGGCAGCUUCCAAAGCGAUUCAGCUCUUUACGGUGGAAAAACAGGUGUGAAGCAGAUUUUAACAGCACCAUCACAAUCGCACUCACGAAUGACGCCAGGUGGACAGACAUUUCUCUGUGUUAUGGGUUCCGUCAUCAGUGUAGCGAUUUGCAUAUGGUUAGCUGCAUUCAGUCGUGAACCAGGAUGGAGGAGAGCUGUGUUCGCCACUGGUGCCGCAUUGUGCGCCGUGAUGUUCGCAUUCCUGGCCUUUAUGACGAUCAAGAGGGCAAAGCAUCCCCCUGAACCUGAAGCACUUCCCGACUUAUCACAACGUCGUUCGACGAUCGGUGCGCGGGUCAGCAAGAAGUCGAUAGCUGCAGCGGGUCUUACUUCAGGUGGAGGUGACGACUGUCCGACACAGGUGCUCGUUGUCGGAGACAAGACUCAUCCGGCACUGACACUUGGAUAA